AUGCAAGGAUUCAUCACUCAUGUAUUAAUUUUUAGUUUUAUUUCACCUUGUCUAUGUACAAGGUUUCAUGUUGGAACCACAAAUGAUAAUUAUAAUGUGAUGCAAUAUGGUGCAAUUGGUGAUGGCAAAUCUGAUGAUACACAAGCAUUUUCAAAAGCAUGGAGUAGUGCAUGUGCAGCAAUAGGGAUGUCAACAUUAGUUAUACCAUCUGGAAAAUCAUUCAUGGUCACUAGAGUAAAUUUUAGUGGUCCUUGCAAUGCUAAAAUUCUCAUUCAGAUUGAAGGGCGAAUAAUUGCACCUUCUAAAGAAAACUGGAAAGGUGAGGCGAAUUUGAUUUCGAUUGAAUAUUUAAACGGACUUAUCGUUGAUGGCAAUGGCCAUGGAGAAGUCUAUGGGAAUGGUGGUAAUUGGUGGAAAUGUCCAACUUGUUUUCGACCCGGGGUGUUUUUUUUUCAUGCAUGCAAUGAUCUUAAUGUUCGGAACCUGACGAUCAGUGAUAGUCCAAAAACUCAUGUAUAUGUUAAUCAGUGCAAUGGUGCAACAUUCACUCGUGUAUCUAUUAAUUCUCCUGCUACUAGCCCUAACACAGAUGGGUUUGGCAUUUCUUAUUCUACUAAUAUCUUGAUACAAGACUCUAACAUAAAAUCUGGUGAUGAUUGUAUUGCCAUCAACGACGGUUCGACUUUUAUCAAUGCUACUCAGGUUACUUGUGGACCGGGUCAUGGGAUAAGCGUUGGUAGUCUCGGUAGAAAUAGAACUACAGAAAAAGUUUCCGAUGUUCAUGUGCGGAAUUGCACUUUCAUUGGAACUACAAAUGGAGCAAGAAUCAAGACAGUUGAAGGUGGAUCAGGUUAUGCAAAACAGAUUACUUUUGAAGAAAUCAUCCUUGUGAAUGUGAAGAACCCUAUAAUUAUAGAUCAAAAAUAUAAUGUUGUUAUCCAGGAUACAUCUGUGUUGGUGAGUUCUGUGACGUAUAGAGGAUUUACUGGAACUUCUGCAACUGAUGUAGCCAUUGAUUUAGAUUGUAGCUCAUCUGGUUGUUAUGGCAUUGUAUUGGAUGAAAACAACAUUGUAUCGGCUCAACCAGGAAAGAAGACUUCGGCUUUUUGCAGAAAUGCUCAUGGAGCUGCUACAAAUACUAUUCCAAAUGUCCUUUGUCUAUCUAAAUAA